AUGAAGAAAACACAAAUCCAACCAUCAAGUGACUUUGACAACAAAGGCAAUCGAACCUGCAGUGUCAGAGAAAAACGUGUAGCAGUCGUAUGUGUUAUUGUCAUAGCGGCAGCCUGUAUUUCUAGUAUUGUGUGCCUAGUAUACUUUUUGGAUGGCGGCAAAAAAGCUACAGGUGGUGAAACACCGAGUGCCAACACAACUGUUCCUACACAAUAUGGAAAACCACCGCCAUAUAUACUAGGUGAAUCUGGCUGGAUAACAUGGGGAUCAUGGUCAUCUUGUGAUGUCACAUGUGGUGGCGGGAGCCGUGUGCGUUCACGUGUAUGUUAUACUACUGACCCAAGUCAAACAUGUCAUGGCAAGAGUGAACACAUCUCAUCUUGCGCAGAAUGGAACUGUCCAGACUGUAACCAGGGAUGUCAGCAUGGAGUUCUCAACAGUGAAUGUUUAUUUUGUGAGUGUCAAAAUGACGUCAUAUCUGGUACGACGAAAGACAUCGCAGGAAGGCCACUGGAAGGUGUAUCGAUUUACAGAGCUGAAUAUCCCGUCGAUCGUAUAGCAGUGACUGCUGCAACAGGUUACUUUGAAGUCGUGGGAGUCUGCAGCGCUGAUUACACUCUGAUGAUAAAAUCCAACAGUUUUGUUGAUGCUAUUGUCUCCAAGACAAACACAGAUAGAAAACGGAGAUCGGACGAAAGCAGUGUUCACCUUAACAUCACUUUGGAACGUGAAGAUAAUGGAGACACAGGUUGUAGUUCUAAGCCACUGACACAUCUAAUAAAGCUUCCCACGGGCUGUACUGAUGGCUCUGGUUCUAACAGUUACAACAUUGGUAAGUGCUCAAAGGAAGUUUGUGCAAGCCAGGAGGAUGCAAGUAUAGAGUGUGUGAAUGCAGAAGAAUACUGUUGUUCACCGGUGUUAAUUGAUGAUGUGACUGUCCUAUGUGAUGGUUUUGAUGUAUCCAUACAAGUAGUCUCAGAAUGUGGAUGUAUGGCUUGUGGACCACCAACAACUAAAGUAAUUGGCCGUGCUGGUGGAGUUGAUGGUGUUCCAUUACCAUAUGGGGAUAUAUACAUUGAUGGAGAACAUGUCGGACAGACCUCUGCCACUGGCGAGUUCAGCAUUGAAGUGUCAAAGGGGAAGAAACGACUUGCUCUAACAUUCCGUGAUAAGUACAACCUAUUCAUUGAUUCAGCCACAAAAAUCAUCAAUAUUUUAGAUGAAACAGAAGUGUAUCACCAAAUCUUCAUCCAACGCCUUGCAGACCCUGUGACAAUCAGUGCAACCGAAAAGUCAACUGUACCAUUAGGUACUAACGGACAUAUUGAGUUGGAUAUUCCUGGAGAUGGUUUUUACACAGAAGAUGGAUUGCUAUACACAGGUGAUGUAAAAGCAACGGUUACCUUCAAUGAUCCUUCUGAUCCAUCUGCUGCAGACACAAUGGAAAGUGAUUUCACCACACGUGAUAUUGAGGGAAACACACAAUUGUUGAAAACUUAUGGUGUUUUCAACAUGAAAUUUCAGGAUGAGAGCAGCAACAACCUUCGUGUUGAUGCACCGAUGGAGAUAUUCAUAAAUGCAGACCAAGCUAACAUUGAUCUGACAGAGGUCGAUGAUGAUGGUAAUCCUAGUCUUCGGCUGUGGAUUUUGAAUCAAAUCAGUGGUGAAUGGGAAGACUUUGGUGGUUUGGGAAUAGUACAAGAAAAACGCAAGAAAAGGGACACAGAGAACUUCUUGGUGGGAAACAUCGAUGUAACAGGCUAUGAUCUAAGUGACAUUACAAUUAAUUUAGAUAAACCAAUGUACUGGAGUUGUUUUCUUAAAGUAAGAGUAUAUGAAGAUGAAGCAAUGAAGCAACUGUUGGAAGGAGUUCAAGUAACUGCCAUUACUAAUGAUUUGAUUCGUAGGACUCACUCUGAAAUAGGGAUUGGUGCUGGAAUAUUCAGUUUCUUCAAAAAGGAAACAACAGAUGCAGAAGGAACUGUUCCAGAUGGAAACUCUAAUGGACCAACUACAGGAUUAUACUUUGCACAAGGUGAAGGAAUCACUGGCUACGACAAUGCAUAUAAAAACUGCAAUGCUGGUGAUGAUAAUGCCCACUCAACAGGCGUCGGUGAUAACCCAGAUGUUGGGUGGGCACUUCAAUAUGAAUCGUACAUCGGGUUUGACCUUUAUGACUUUGGGAAUCUUGUGCUAUCGUGCUACGAAUGUAAUAGGUUACAGUUGCCCGAACUAGUUUGCAGGGUAUACGUCCUCCCAUUGAUGAUGACUGAAUGCAGUAUGCGUUCUAAUUACCUGGGUAACUCUGGACUGAAAGUAUCCAAUGUAUGUCUGGGUACUCUUACAUUCGGUGAAGACCCGCUUGGUCGUCCCGGUCAAGCCAAUGAAGAACUAUCACACCAAUUGAUAGAUCGUUUUGUUGAAAAGGGUGGUAAUUAUAUCGACACAGCAAACUAUUACCAGUUGGGACUUUCCGAAAAAAAUGUAGGAUCCUGGCUAAAGAGGAGACAGGACAGAGAGUGA